CCGUCGCCGGGGAAGAAAGAGGAUCGCGUCGCCCAAUUGGAAAAAUUCAAGAAUGAUUCGGAUCAGCAACUUCAUCGUAGAGUUGAUGAAUCCGAUCGCUGUUAAUCUGCGUCGUCGCCAUGACCUUUGUAUACCAUGGUGGUCAGAAAUUGCAGACCGAGAGUUCUUCUUCCUGGUCUCGUUGCGGCUGAGCGGCGCAUUGCGCAGUAACAAUUUUUUGAUUCUCAUCCACAUGACCCUGAUGUUCUUCCUCAUCCUGGGACUCGUCGUCUUCACCGCCUCGUUAUUAUGGUGCUUCGGUGACUGAGGAUGCCACUGGAAAGGAGGCUAAUGCUGUAUUUGGAAUGUAAUCUCUCAAAUUACCCAACUUUGGUAAACAAAUCCAUUGCUUGGAUUUUGUUGCCAUAAAAGUUUCCCCCUGAAUGGAAAAUAAUCUCCAAUUCCAGGCAAAUUCAAUGCUAUGCCUUAUUCUGUUUUCAUUUUUGGAAACACUACUUAAUAUAGCAAAAAUCCACAGCUGGCUACAGGGAAUAUUGCAUCAAAGGUAACCUAGUUAGCUCUAGCUUAAACAUAUUAGGGGUUAUACAAUGCACUUACAGAUUAUGGUAUGAUACUACGAUUUUUCCUGGAAAAUCUCCAACAAUUGUCUUAAAUUGCAGGUACCUGUAACCAUUUUUGGUUAUGACCAAAGGACAUGACUAUCUAAAUUUUUU